UGACUGUCCAACUCGGUGGUGCUCUGUGAUAUGGUACUGUACUAAAUGUCUGUGUUGAGCUUGAGUAGUAAGUUGUGCAGAUUUGCAAGGACAGGCACAGGUGAUGGCCCGAUUCUCAUUUCACUAUGUCUACUUAGGCCCAUCUCGCAACUUUCUCCCCAUAGUAGCUCUCAUUUCGUGUAACGGCAUGCAGGGACUGCCUCUGACAAUAAUUUCGAUUCAUUUCUUAAUCACGAAGCUAUAGGUGACCAAUCUUCAAGUAAUAUCUAUGGGAAAAUAAUAUUGUCGCUUUCAUGAACAACAGGAUAACGAUCAGGGCUCUCAUAUUUUCAAGUUCAACUCAAACCCCAUGACCUAACUCUUCUGCCUUCUCCCUGUGAAGAAAGGCAUGUUGAGUGAGAUCAUUGUACUUAGUCAAUUCCGAAGUAGUUCAUGGUAGCGAUACAACCAGUAUCACAACCACUUCCAGAGAAAGGACGAUAAAAGGGAACAAGAAAGAUGUCUGAUCCUGAAGAAGCCCCGCGCCCGUCGCAGGCGUUGCUACCAACAAUGGAUAGUGGAUCGGGAGGACUAGAUACGAUGGACACGGCAGAGCAUGAAGAGGAAAGCACAUACGAUCCUCUCCUCGAGGCCACCAACCUGCCCGAAUCUGCAAACCACGAAGUGCAAGGGAAUCUGCAGUCGGCAGCCUUUGAGAUGUUUCAAGCAGGCAUACACGCCGAGCACAACCUUGAAGUUCCAAGCCUAAAGAUGGAUUCGAAUUUUAUGGAACACAAACGCCGUACUGGAUGUCGAUGAUCAUGUUUUAGAAAAUGACCAUUAUUUAAUCCACCACUUACCACGUUUGUCUUUGUAGAUAAAGAUGAGGGUCGUGUUUGGUGUUUCUAGAAUACAUAGAUACAUAUACAUGAUAAUCUUCAGAAUCAAGUUCACGCUGCAGCAGGGAGUCGUGGGUGCCGGUCUUCUUCUUCUAAUACCGACCUGCCCUCUACUAGCUCUACCGAUCCCCCGCAGCACGCGGUCCGCACUGACCUGGACACGAAGCAAUUUCUUGCCUUCGCUGACGGAGCGAAAAAUGCUAUGCGUGCCAGUCAACAAAGGACGAGGUUGGCUGGGGAAAAUGCAAUUGUAGAAGGACAAGAAACUGUGGCAGGGGCAGCUCAAAAACAGAAAGCAAAUUAUGGCCAUAAUUGACGUGAUCACGACAACAACUAUCUAUGUACCUAUAACCAUUCAUUUGAUUCGGAGGACUGAAGAUUGUGUCUUCAUCAUGGUUACUGUGUCGAUAUACAUCAAGCAUGUGAAGUUUCAAGGAAGUCGUCGCAAAAGUUGAACCAUUUCAAUUAAUGGUAAUCUCGAACGAAACGGAAAGUGAUAGUGAAGGUGAAACAGUAUUUUUAAGUGAAAUUAUUGAUGAUAUGUGAAAGUUAGCCUUAGUAGGAAAAUAAUUUUCCUCCUCCGAUAUCGCUAAGGUCGUCCCAGUAGGGCAUCGCCAGUAGCACGGCAGAUUGGCGGCUCAGUAGAGGAUAUCACAGCCCGCGAGGUGAUGGACGAAAACCAAGAGGUGGCUGCUAACGUGAUUUUGGAGCGGAGAUCGAGAGCAGUGGAUCAUGUUGGAGGAACGGGAUUGCUCCUGGAGGACGAGGAUGGAGUAGAAGAUGUAGAUGAUUAUAUUGACGAUGGAUCUCCUAUUGACGAUAGAGGUCAGGGGCUAUCGUUCCCCGCAAUGCAUCUCCUACAAAUGGAACCAUCGCGCAAAUGGCAGGAGACAAUUAGCCGAUUCAUUCUUAUGACUCGGAGCUGGACGAGGAUCUCUACCUCAAUCUCAAAUUGAAUUUCGCUAUGCAUGAUCUGUCCUCGUCGAAAUAUGAACUAGUACAGGAGGUGAUCAUACAGUGCGUUAUAAUUAGAAACUUGAAGAACAUUUAGUUUUAGGUGAAUUUCGAUCACUGAGUAGCCAGGAGUACAACUUCUACUUCAUCUCAUCUGAAGUAGAAUGGUGAAAAUUUAUUUGUUUAUGGAACUGAUUUCUAAUCCUGCCUCCAUAGUGGGCGGAGUAGUGUGUCUGUUGUUGGCCGUGAUUCUGAUGUGCAGUGGCUGCGGCGACUAUCACCAUCCUGCGGAGUUUUCCGAUGCGUAUUCUGCUGCGCGCGCUGCGUCACGUGGCGACGAGGAUGCCAGUACCGAUGCAGGCCGUUCCUGUGUUGGCGGUCCACCGUGCAUAGCUAGUACAUCGCCGGAUGAACAAACACACGCUGUUGCUCAUGAGCAGGAACAGGGGACCAGCGAGGAUUCACCCGCAGCGAAGGAACAAGAGGAAGGGGGGGAGACAGCAAUCAGCACAGAGUCCACAGACGAGAGCACAAAACAAGACGAUGACAGUGUGAAAGAGAAGGCCGAUAACGAUCACGCAGUGGGGGGAAAAGACUUUCUAUUAAGACCUCCGCAAGUGAAGACGACGUCCGCGUAUGAGUACUUAAUCGUGAUCGAAUGCUUCGUCGUCAUGACAAUAUUAUUCGGUAACGAUUGAUUCUUCUGUAUUCUUUCCUGGAUUUUUAUGUUUUCUCUGACGAGCGAUAGCGGACCCGCUAAGCUUCAGUCUUGAAACUCACUGUGACGGGUAUGAUUGAUUCACAGUCAUACAUAUUAUUUGACGAUAUUCUUGAUCCUGGUGGAGCGAGAUGUUCAUCAUGUUGAUCGUGCGACUAGAUAAACAUAAAAUAUCUCCUAGUCCUAAUUUUUACGAACAAAGACAGAGAUGGUGAGAAAGCAAAUGAUCCGCAACCAGAGAAAAGGCCUGCGGAUGAUGACAGCUUAGAGAAAUCUUCCUCCGAAGAGACGCCACCGCCAACGCAUUCACCGAAAGAAAGUGCUGAUGGAGAGCAGACGAAGCACACGGCAGAUGAAGCUGAGGAGAAAAGCGCUACCAAAACCGAAGCUAGGGAGGAGCGCUCACGCACAGCUUAAGACUGGUCUUGGUGUCUCAAUGAAUCUCAUUCUUUUUUCUUCUUCUGCUACUUCUAACUGCUGCUCUGUAAAGUCAUUGCCCUCCGCUUAGUAAGUAGAUUGGGAGUUGUUGAACCCGUACCCGUAGUUUCAAGUGCAAGGACAAUGAAAAAAAUAGAUAGAUGGAUAGUUCUUGCACACCUUAGGACUUACAUGCAAGAACAGCAAUUCAGCACAGAAAAAUAGUGAAAAGCCAACACUUCUAAUUUUCAUUGAAAACGGAGGAGGGGGAGGGAUCUCAAGCUCGAAUGAUCUGCAGGCCUACUCAGGAGAACCUCAUGCACAAAAUUCCGGGUCCAGAGGAACGAGCCCCAGUCAAGAACAUUCAGCUGCCGACCUACGACUUUCGUGUCCACGUGAAAACCGUUGGGGAGUGCCAGUACGAGCUCGAUGUCUUCCACAAGGACCGCAAAGACAGAAAUGACCAUGGUGAGGAGCGCAUGCAGGCGCUGAAAACGAAAUUCAUUGAGCAGAUUAAAAAAGAUGCGACCGACACGAACAUGUACUAGAAUAUACGACUCCACUGUUCAGAUCUUUCUACACCGCAAUACAGAAUACACUUUCAUGAUCAUACAUGUUCUUCAUUUUUAUAGUCUGUGUUUAUCUUCAACGCUAGUAGAGAACCGUAUUAAUAAAUUUUGUAAACCAGUAUUAAGUAACCAAAAAUAACACAUUCUCAUUCGAAUAUAGGGCACACAGCGUGGAACGGAAGAAUAAUGCUGCAGGUUCAAGGCAGAAGAUGAGUCCCAAAGACUGGUGGGAAGCCGAAUGGAACUUAAUUAAUGGCAUGAUGAAACAGAAACUGGGGAACAUUGCCUUUCUCGAACACGCUGCAGAGUACUUACAUUCACAAAUCAAUGUUAAUAUCGUUUGACAUGUGGAGGAGGAGGUCGAGCAGGCGCAGGUCGUGCACAAUUCAUCUUGAAGAUGUUGAUGUGAACUGCGACUCACGUGAUCGAUGAACUUUGUGUAUGGUGGACGUUUUCUAGAGGAAGUGUGUCAACUACAUCAACAUGAAGAUCACAAAAUCCAAAUUUUUCGAAUAAGCUAUGUUUAGAAUAACGUAAAACAAUUAGUAGAAUGACUCAUUAUACGUUACCGACAAUAACAAAAACUGUAGGUCCUUAGCGCUGGGACCGAACGGCGAUGGGAUACCGCACACUGCGGUAUUUUUCGAGGUUGCGGAAGGUUCGACAGAGCUCAACUGCGAACUCUACUACAAAUGCGACUACAAGAUUAACUGCAAGGAGAUGACCUCCGACCCUCGAUGCAAGGCGGGGGCAAAAGUCUUACGAGCAGUGCCGGAGCGGCGGCGGCCGUAACUACUGUCGAAGUGGAAUAGUGGUGGAAGAUGCAACAAACUGCUGCAAGCAGCUCUAGUUAUUUUGUAGCCCGGUUCCGAUUCCAAAUCCUGUUGAAAAUGCUCCGGCUUCAACUGUACUAAGUAGUUAGUUGCAGGUUGGUAGACAAGGAUGAAGAAUAACCAGGGACUGCUUGUUGUCUUUUGAGGCAGUUUUCACCAGAUAGUUGUAGAGGUGCUGACUUUCGUAGAAGUAGGAGAAAAGUAAAGUACUUUUCAUGAUUAGAUAGACUAUACGAAAUACAAUUAUAGGAAGUAGGGAGCUACACUGCACGUGCACCGCCAGAACAUGUGAAAAACGGAUCCGUUGGUUCACAAAAAUCUAAAUGUACAAUCAGUUAACUAUCACGAAAAAGAGCAUAAUUAUGUGGACGAUCAUGAGCAUGCCUACUUUCUUCAUCGAUCCAAGAACACGAUACGAGCUUGAAAAGCUGACGUUUGUGCUAAAAAAUGCAUCAUCGGUACGUACAAUUAUGAAUAGCUAGUAUACCACUACCACAUCACAUACUACCUCUACUUCAUACAUUGACAUACUCUGAGUCUACUGAUUUCGAACUGCUUCUUUCAUCGGUUUCUCAGUCUCAUUCUUACAGUUACUGUUACAUGCCACUCUUCUAGGAAACGACCGCCAUUAACAAAAUCGUAGAAACUACCAGCAUCGCAUCCACAGGAUGAAAGAAGUGUGUUGAAGCAUCAAGAAGCGUCAUCUACCCCGCCAAGAAAUGCAAGGCAAAAGAGAUGACUGUUUGUUUAUCAACUUCAACAGUCGUCUGUUUUUACCUAAUUGCAAUUCGUCAAUUUUGGCAGAAUUGGUCGAGCUCCCCUCUUGUGUACUGAAAACCAAGUACUAGCAACAUUCACAGUCUUUCACAAUCAAGAUAUGGCACAUAUCAACAACUGCUUCUUUUGAUCUAUUUCUCUGCUAACUUCAUCCAUAAGAUGAUCUCCACGUUAUUGAACAAGAGAGUUCGACCUUCUAUCUUCUGCGACCAAGAUCAUCAAAAAAUGACUAGAGCUACCAAUAUCAUAGCUAUUCCCGCCUCUGCUCGAGCUCGUUUGAUAGUUCUCUGCUUUUAUUCUGUAUAUAUCUUAUUCUUCGAAUCCGAUGUGCAUUAAGAUGAACUCAAAAUGUUCCCGAACGCGAUUUCAGAACCGACCCACGCCAACGACGUCCCAUCCCAUCGAUCACUGUACCUGAUGAUAUGACCAAGAAUUGUAUGCGCCUGGACGGUAUGAAGAAAUCUCCAGCGUUCCCGAGAAGACCAAAUUUAGAGCGAAACCGAAACCUCCCACCAACAUUCUUCACUGAAUAGAAUGAUUGAUCAUGUGCUGUACAAUUCCUGGAUUGUCGCUUUAUGUUGUAUCGGACAGCACAAGCA